UCGAUGAUUACAAGGCUGUAUCAGUAUCAUAGACAAUUUCUUUUAUUACCAUAAUGCUAAAUUAAAAUGGCUUUAUGUCUUUAUUAUUUAUUAUAAAAAGAUACUACAUAUCUGUAGUAUAUUUUGUAUACUUGAUAUUGGCUGUCCUGAUUUGGCGCGGAAAUCUGAACAAACAGUUACCGCUAGCAAUCUACGCAACUCACCAUGUUACGAAGAUACCGGAAUAUGGAGCGUGCACCCCCAGUAGCUGAUUCUCAGCGUUUAAUGCUGCUUAAUUUGAUAAAGGAACAUGAGAGUGUUAUCAACGACCGAUCGACGGGAAGUAGAACUUUGGAGAGAAAACGUCAGGCAUGGCAAGAAAUUACUUUGAAGUUCAACGCCAUGUAUCCAGACCAACCUCCACGGUCAUCAAAGCAGGUCAAGCGCUGUUUCGACCACGUAAAAUGCAAAGUGAAGCAGGAAGAUGCUGCUGUCAAGAAAAAGCUAUGCAGAACUGGUGGUGGUCCUCCACCAGAUCUUCGAAACCACUCAGAAGAGUUUGUGAUAGCUGCAUCGCUGAUGACAGAAGAAUUGGUCAUGGAUAAAGACGUUUUAGAAACAUUUCAUCCAGUUGAUGAAACAGGAGAGCCCAUACAUGAUGUUAAAAUAAGUAUUACGGAGCCACUGCCUUCAACCUCUCAUUUGCCUUCAACCUCAGCACAAUCAGAAAGUGGUGUUUCGUCUAAUCAUGAAUCAAGAUCCACAUUCCUUAAUCGGUCAGCUACAUCAUCACUAUCUUCAAUGGAACAUUUAAUUUUUAAACCCAUAGUUCCCCAUGAAACAUUCCCGUCCAUUCAACCGCCUAUUGUAACUCCAGGCAGAACUUCACCAAAAUUGGCAAUACAUCACGGGAUAUGUUCCCAUAUCUCCCUUGGUUCCCAAAGUGGUUCCCGCAUCUCCAUAGAUCUCUACAGAUGUUCCCACAUCUCCUUAGAUCCCCAUAGAGGUUCCCACAUCUCCCUAGAUCUCCAUAUGGGCUCCCGCAUCUCUAGAUUCCCAGAUUGGUUCCCACGUCUCUCUAGAACCCAUUUAGAGGUUUUCAUAUCUCCCUAG